ACCGUGCUUUGGUGCUUAUGACUGCCGUCAUCGAGAAAGGGAAACUGUCAACGAAGAAAUUGCCGAAGCUCGUACAAUCGAGCGACAAUAAUGAGCUUCGAUCACAUGCAAAGGCGAUGGAGCAGUUUACGGAAAGUGCUGGAGAGAUCAGGCCCAUUUUGCCGGCCGGACUUUCAGCCGUCUCCUGAAAAUCUGCAGAUGCUCGUGGAUCACUGUAAAGUACUUGUUGUCGGUGCCGGCGGUCUGGGAUGUGAGUUGCUUAAGAAUCUUGCCCUGAUGGGAUUCAGACACCUUCAUGUAAUCGACAUGGACACGAUCGAGUUGUCUAACCUCAAUCGACAGUUUUUAUUUCGUCAUAAAGACAUUGGAUCUUAUAAGGCAGAGGUAGCUGCAAAGUACAUUAACACUAGAGUUCCCGGAUGUAAUGUGAUUCCACACAAUUGUGAGAUACAAACUAAAAGCGAGGCCUUCUUCCAACAGUUCCACAUGGUUAUCUGUGGAUUAGAUUCAAUUGUCGCGAGAAGAUGGCUCAAUGGUAUGUUAAUGUCUUUGCUUGUUUAUGAAAAUGGUGAGUUAGAUCAGGCCAGCGUGAUACCUAUGAUCGAUGGUGGAACCGAGGGUUUCAAGGGAAAUGUUCGAGUUAUAUUACCCGGUAUGAGCCCUUGCAUUGAGUGUACCUUGGAUUUUUACCCACCGCAAGUCACGUAUCCUUUAUGUACGAUAGCCAAUACUCCACGUUUGCCGGAACAUUGUAUAGAAUAUGUCAAGGUAAUUCAAUGGCCGAAGGAAAAUCCAUUUGACUGUGCUAUCGAUGGGGAUGAUCCCCAGCAUAUAAACUGGAUUUACGAAAAGUCAAAUGACAGAGCAGCACAAUUCGGUAUACAGGGUUUGACAUACAGACUUGUACAGGGUGUCAUUAAAAACAUUAUACCAGCAGUAGCAUCAACAAACGCUGUUAUCGCCGCUGCAUGCGCGACAGAAGCAUUUAAACUUGCAACUAGUUGUAGCGCGUCCUUAAAUAAUUACAUGGUGCUUAACGAUCUAGAUGGAGUUUAUACGUACACUUUCGAGGUAGAGAGAAAAGUAAAUUGCUUGGCGUGUAGUCAAGUACCACGAGAGAUUGAAAUUAAAGAUUCAAAAUAUAAAUUACAGAAUUUAAUAGAUCUUCUUUGUGAGCGGCCAGAUCUGCAAAUGAAAAAUCCUGCUAUUACGGCUAUAAUAGAGGGCAAAUAUAAAACUCUGUACAUGCAAAUGGUAGCGAGCAUUGAAGAGAAAACUCGCGAGAAUUUGUCCAAGACUUUGAUCGAAUUAGGUUUAAAAGAUGGUACUGAAAUAAAUGUUGCCGAUGUUACGACUCCAAGUACAAUUACUUUAAAACUGAAAUUUCCACAGGACAAUUGCGCAAGUCAAUAAUACCUACCUGAGAAUUUACUUUUCAAGCAUCCAUUUUUCAUACAUUGUGUAUUUCUGCUGUUCAAAUUCAAA